AUGUCUGGACGUGGUAAAGGUAAAGCCAAGGGAACCAAAUCGAAGACACGUUCAUCAAGAGCUGGACUUCAAUUCCCAGUCGGUCGUAUUCAUCGUCUGUUGAGGAAAGGCAACUACGCCGAGCGAGUUGGUGCUGGUGCCCCAGUUUACUUGGCAGCCGUGCUCGAGUAUCUGUCCGCUGAAAUCCUUGAGUUGGCUGGUAACGCUGCCCGGGACAACAAGAAAAGCAGGAUCAUCCCAAGACAUUUGCAAUUGGCCGUACGAAAUGACGAGGAAUUGAACAAACUGCUGUCUGGUGUCACGAUCGCACAAGGUGGUGUUUUGCCCAACAUCCAAGCCGUCCUCUUGCCCAAGAAGACCGAGAAGAAAGCGUAA